UACCAAGUAACUGUGCAGUCCACCUUGUGCCUCCUUUUUGGGAUCCUCAGCUCUAGAGUCGUCUUUUCGGGCAUCGUGAUUUGGCGUCGUAACGCCAUCUCCCGGAUUUAGCGAUGCAUUCUUCUCGGCCUUCUCGUUGUUUGCCAUCUUGCUUCUGGUGUAAAGCAAAUGACAGUGACCGAAGUGAGCAUGUCUGGUGUCUAUCUGGAGGCCUGCCAGAAGAAGGUGAUAAAGGCAUCGUGAACGCAACCCGUGCGCUCCGAUGGAAAAGGCCAAGCAAAUGCGGAAACACCUCCAAUGUAGGCGUCAUUAGACCGCUUCGGGAGGUCUAGACGAUUGAACCAAUGAAAUAUUGACCAGCGUACCAAAACUGCGCUAAUGCUUUGCCAACUUCAGAAUCAUUUUUAACCCAGCAGAGUCAACCAUGCCAAAUGAAAGGGCGCAGGUGGAUUCGAGGGAGGGUUUUCCGGUAUCAAGAACAGGAAAUCACAAUGCUCGGCGCAUCAAGAAGGGCGGCCCUGAUUCUUUCGUGCGUAGUCUGGCGGCCGCACCCACGCGAGCCCCUGUCAGCGGCGCGCCAAACACCAUACUCGACACUAUACGAUGCGGCUCUCUAUUCUCUGGGUGCCCUACAUCACAUCAACCACAUGGGGUUUACGCGACAACGUGCCCCUGGUGCCUACCAAGCGGAGACUUUGAAAGUGGACGAGCCCCACGUAGUAGUUCUGCUUGGCAUCCGGGGUGCGAGAGCUCCGGCGCCGAAGGCAUCCGCCAGACGUAUGAAUGAAUUCGCCUACGGUGCUCGCCUUCUACGCACCCCGGCGUACGAUUUCCGCGUGCCGAGAUACCCAGUAUGGAUCAGACCGACGAGAUGGAUGUGGCGGGCGAAAAUCGCAUGCAGCGAGCGGUGUGUAACGCCACGCGAGUAUGUUCAGACUCAGCUGAUCCACAACAGUGUGAUGGUUGUCGCUCGCGAAAAAUUCGUUGCGAUAGAGCUGUACCAUGUUCCAAUUGCAAGAGCAGCAAGCUGAGUACGUUUUCUGUGCUCGAUGAACAAAUCGUGGAAAAAUAGUAGAAGAGACAGUAGCCGACUAAUAAGCGCAGCGUGCACAACUACUGCACCAACACAGAAGCCACAGCGGCAGCGGGUGCAUAUCUCCGACGAAUAGUAUGCUAAACCACAAAGGCUUGGUCGUA